GCAGUCGGGGCGCGCGCGCAUACACAACUCGACAUACUCAGCGCAAUUUAUUACCUCGGUAAGCCCGCCGUGUUUCAAAGAGUUAAAAGUUGGCAAGUAGUUGAGCGGACCGCGCGCUCACGCCUCGUUGAAGCCUUUCUUCCGAGCCGCCACACAUCCUAUUCAGUCUCGGUUCAGACGCGCUACGAGACACAUCCAUCUUUCUGGCUUCGGUCCACUCCUCCGAAAUAAACGGGAUACUGGUGUGUGAUUUGUGAAUUGUCGGAGGAUAUUGAUUAACCUCUGGUCGUCUAGUGAUCCGGACAACGGGUUUGAAGAAGUGUCGAUAUUUCACAAAAAAAUUGUUAGAAUGUGAUAUUGUGCUGUUCCAAGGUCGGAACCAUAGAUUGAACGUGUAAGAUAAAAGCCGGAACGAAGUUGCAGCGAAACGGUUUGCUUCGAACGAAAGGAAACGUUGGAAAGAAGUUUAAACAUGUCUGACAGUAGUGAUAGUGAUUAGUGAAGAAAUGUGAGAGCGCGAAAUAUAUCCAAAGAAAGUGUUGUACUAUAUAAAACAAGAGAAAACCAUCAAAGAAAAAAAAACUCCUCACGCCAACAAAUAAGCUCCCUUUGUUAUUACCUGUCAGCGGCAUCGUCUAAAGUGCAUUGGCCUCCUCCUUUAGGCCCCGAGAUCGGCAACCAAGAGCCCUUGCCAGGCAAGAAUUUGGAUUUUCUUCAUUUGCGCCUUAAAUCGGGGAACAAUCGCGGAAGAGAAUGGCGAUAGAUGUCGCCAAAAGAUACUGGUAUCCAGUGUUCGCCUUGGUGCUUAAUUUAUCCUUCCUUCAGGCUGGCGAACGAUGGUCUCGUCAGUUGACCGAGUAUGCGAAUGUUCCGGGCAACGAUUGGGUUCCUCUGGGCCAAGCUUGCCCAACCUGUCGACAUGGAGAUCGACAAGCCGGUGCAAAGGUUCUGAAUUACUUCAACAAUGGACCGUCCUACCUGGAUGGUGCCGAUAGCAAUGCCCAACCUCAGCACCACCAAUUUAGCUUUGUGAACCAACAGUUUCCACCACAGUCCAGUCGAUUGGUGUUCUCGCCACAACCAGCGGCUCAACCUCUCCAGCAGGAUUUCGAUCCGGGCUUCAAUCAGCCCUUCGGAAACCAUCAGUCAUUCCUGCAGUCGCCCUUUGGAGCCGUACAAUCCAUCCAGAGACACCCGGUUCCACAGUUCAAUUCUCCCCUUACGAAAGAUGAGCUCAUCCAGGAGAAGCCACAGUCGGUCUUAGAGCCACAACAACCACAGCAACAGUCCUUCUCUUUCCCACCUCUGUCACAACAUCAGGCCGAUAAAUUCCCUCAAUCUGCGGUGCCUUCGAGUCAGAGUCAAUUGCCAUUGCAAGCACAACCCAAUGCUGGGGUCUCUCAGGAAGAAGUGCAGCUACUGUACGUCCCCGUGGAAACUCUAUACAACCAGAAAUCUACCCAGACCAGCAAUCGUUUCAAUGCUCUGCCUCAACCCGUCAGUGCGUCGCUCAUCAAUGACUUCUACACCGCGGCGACCACUACGCAAAAACCAAAAACGACCAGCACCCCAUAUACUACCAGAGCUACCACGAAAGCGUCCAUAUCUGCAAAGCUCAAACCCAACCAACCCCCGCUGGCCAUGUUCAUGUACCAGGACGAUAGACAGUCCAAGCUCACCACCAACGACGCUCUGAUUAAUCUGAAAAAUCUCAACCAAAUCAGUGUGUUGGAUAGUCUCAGCAAGAAUCUACCCAAAAUAUUCAUCGGCCCUUCGGGUCUGGCACCACCCAAAGGCUACUCCAAAUUCGACUUGCCAUACCUUUCCAACGUUGAACACAAGGGAGCCGAUGGAAAGUCUGAUGAUCUGCCAUUCUUCGUAGCCCCACUGAGCUACAAAACUCCAAAUGGAUUCAACAAAAUCCCUCUGCCGUCUCCCCACGUUGGCUCCGUGAUAGUGCAGCAAGCGACAGCACCUAGUCACUCGACCAAUUAUUACCGCCAACCGGAGAACAUCGAAUACUACCAACCAGCUACUUUGAAAUUCACCGAAGGUACCACAAAGGCACCGGUCACUCUUCCUGCCAGUAAGCCUCAAUACGAAACGGACCACUACUCAUCGCCAACGUUCAAAACUACCACCGAACGAAUCAACUACAGCCGGGGAAGUACACAGCCUCCCCAGGAGAGCUACCGUCAGCCGCAAACUGAGCGCGCGCUCUUCAGCCAAGCCGCGUUCAACAGCAUCAAUAACCUACCCAGUCGUCACAUAGUGAAUGAAGAGUACUUCAAUGUUGCGAAAACUAGAAAACCGACAACCCCAAGUCCGACACCGAACUACAGCCUCAAAACGUACAAACCGUUUGAGUUCAAGCCAAUCCCGGAGCAGAAGAUCCCUGUGUUCUCCGAAGAGACAGACCAAACGGCCGUCUACACUACCCCAAGGUCUACCACAACAACAACCGAGAAGACACAUAGCUCUCGUCUGGAAGAUACCCGCAUAAAGUCAUACUACAAGGAGGAAAACUUCCGCAGCCGCCGCCCGUACACUCCAUCCACAGUCAUACCACAGUAUGCUGAAGAAGAGGAAGACGAUCCCACUGAAAUAGCCACCCCUGUUCGGCAGAGCCCCGACGAGGACCGCUUUGUUCACAACUUCAAAUUGGUGGACUCUGUCAGACCCCAAACCACACAACCUCCAAAAUCUGUGAUCGAAAAUGCUUUCCUGGACUUCUUCCAGCACGACAACCACGAACAAUCGCCAAAAACAACCGUUCUGACCAACAGUUCCCCUAGAGGACAACAGGUUUUCCGUAAUAAUUACUUCACCACCAACGAUGAACAGCCCAAGCAGAAAUAUGUAAGCACUUACUACGUUCCGACCGUCGACACAACGACGACUAGAACCACACCUCCAACGACGGUAACAACUACAACAACCACCACCACAACUGCUGCUCCUGAAACCACCGAGGAUCCAUUCUUCAGAUCUUUCGUGGAAAAAAGUAAAUUGUACGAAAAAGAUCCUCCAAGAUUUGUCCAUAACUCCCGCACGGCACAGCCAUCGUACAGUGUUGAUCUGCGCAACCAGGAACCAUUCCUCAACCAAUACACCGAGCCUUCCUACACCAACAAAUACAAGUACGAAACGAACACCGACGGGGAGACCCACUACCCGGUGGAGGUGGUGACAACACAAGAGCCAGCCCGUUACGAAACCACCAGCGAAGCGAAUCCCCCACCAUCCGACCAGUCCUACAGCAUCCCCUCGGAGUUACCACCGAUCAGCGCCAAUCUCCCCGGGCUGAUAAACUCCCUAAUGGAGGACGAAUGGCCCAACAAAAAGGACGAACAGAUAACUACCACAACAAAGAGCUACUUCAGAAAGCAAACGCUCCGAACAUCUUCUACCCAAGAAACACCCACAGCCGAAGCUGAACUGACGGAAACAACCACCAGACGCACCCGUGGUCGACGUCCAACGGGUACUACCUCGUCAUCGACCGAUUCAGCUACCCCAACCAGAGCUCCCACGAUCAAUCGAAACCGCUCACGAUACGUUCCCGCGAAUGACGAAAGAUCUACGAGCAGAGGAAGAACCAGAAGUCGGGUGCAGACAACCCCCCGGAACCCCAAGCAGGAAGAGAAUCUUGACUACCAGCGAGAUGUUCUCAAGCAAAACUAUCCGGCUGUUCGUCCAAUGCCAUUGACAACUACCAACCAACCGCCAACGACGAUCGUCUCCACAACCAUUGCUACCACAAUUCCGGUUACGUACCAGCAAAUUUACGAAGAACAGACCGAGCGUCUGUAUCCAUUCCUAUCGUCUGAAGCUGAUCCGCUUCCAGAAGAACCAAGAACUGAGGAGGUGCCAAUUCCCAAGAGAGAACCAGCGUUCAUUGAACACCAAGUCCAACAAGUCCAUCAAGUGUACCAACCGGCGGAGGUGACAAGUAUCGUCCCUCCCAGCACCCAUCAAGAGGAACAACAAUAUUUCCCGGCACAACAGGAAGAUGACUCCGUACGUGUUUUACCCGUGAGCCAUGCUGUUGAACCACAGCGAGAAGUAUCAUUCAUCAAACCUGUAGAAGUGCAGCGUGAACGUGAACAACCUGUCUAUGUUCAAAGACGCAGACCCAUAAAACAGGAGGAACCCCUCACAACUCCAGCGUACCGCCAGGAGGAGGAACAAGAACUCCGGAAGGUAGCAAUCACACCAAAACCGAGAAGACCACUAAACAGACAACCGGUAUACUCACCAAGAACAACAACCACAACCGAGCGAGUGGUGACUGAGCGCGUCACUGCAGAACCAACCAGAGGACCCCAGCGGCGGCCAGCGUUUGCGAGACGUCCUGCCCGACCUCUGUACACCACAACCCCACAACCCACGACGACUUACGCCAGCCGAGUUGCGAUGACCAGCGAUGACGAGCAGCCCACGCAAGGAACAUUUACCGUGCGUCCGAAAAAUCGCCAGGAUAUACUCCGUGGAAGAACCCGACGUCCGGUGACGACCACGACAUCCACAGCCCCGACCGAUGCCCCAGAGCCUACCGUUGCCAGAGGGAUCACUCGGAACAAGGAACUCCGAAGAGUGUCACCAACAUUCAGAUCUAGACAAGAACAACAGCAAACCCAACAGCAAGCGGUCGAGUCUACUCUGUCGCCAAGAUUCCGCAUUCGGGAACGAAGCCGUUUCAGUCUUCAGCCCCAGGAGACGCAAUGGUCCACGAAGCUGUCCCAAAACUCUUUUCAGCCUGUUGCCGAGUCGCGUAGCAGGAGUUUCGACGAGAAGCUAUCGUCAAUCGAACCGGAACCGGAGAUCGUUACAGCUAGUGCACUGGUCCAGCAAGAAGACGACGUGCAGUUGAUUAAGGUGUCCGCCAAUUUGGCGGGCUCUUCUGCCCCUGCUGGAGUUCUUACGAAGGAAGUAGCCUUGCGUCAGGAACCACCACAAGCGGACGAGAGCUCGGAGAAGGGUACUCCCACUUUCGCCGAGCUACUAAACGAUGUGGUGAAUGACUUCAUCGACGACAGCAUCCAGAAGAAUGAAACCGAGAGCAAAGAACCCGGAAAUAAUGAGUUACCUGCCGAGGAGAAACCCGUAACAGAGCCACAACGAACCUCAACGCCACAGUCCCUAAAAGGCACUAUCAACAGAAACAAUUUCCGCAAGCGUGGUCGAUCCCGGUAUGUUGUCGAUUCGUUGGAAACGGCUGAAUCACAACACAUCAAAACUCACUACUUCAACUCGGCUACCUUCGAACCCCUGAAAAGCAUCGACAAAAUUAGUGCACCGGGUAAGAACGUUGAUGACGUGCAGAAGGGAAGCAGUGUGAUUGAAGAAGAUCCUGCCCAGCACCUAGUGACAACAGCGAUUCCAACGCCAAGUGAGGAUGAAAAUGUAACAAUUCAGCCUGAGACAACAACGGCAGCGAUAGUGGAAACUACGCCAGUUCUCGAGACUACAUCGGUUCUGCCAACUGAACGAGAGAACACUACACCGCUUCCCACCUUAGAGGUUCAGCAAGACAGCGACGAACCGAUGUCAACAGAGCAGGUCUUCUACGACACUCCUGAUUACCCAGCCGCGGAUGCCUCGGAACUUGAUACCCGCCAUGGUAUCUUUGCUGACGUAAAGAAACAAAUAUCCGAUUUGUUUGCCAUGGCCGAUAACGAUCCCCAGACGGAAGAGAUCGAGGACGAAGAUCACUAUCGGCCGAUGAUGAUGGGUUAUCAUGCAUUCGAACGCACUAGCACCUUGGAACCGGAAGUUGAAGGAAGUGUCACUAGCACCACGACAGCCAGCACGACAACGGUACCCACGCCCACGACCACGACUGCUUUGGCACCGACCACUACAACUGCUGUUGUCACCACAACCACAGACGUCGCCAUCACGACCAUCAGCGGGCCUGCGGAAGAAACGCAACCAGAUCCGGUGGUGACGGUUGCGGCACCACAAGCCGUGGAUGCGAUGGCCAUUCCCACGUCUACCUCGAACGGAAUUAUGCACGAAACGGAGAUUUGCUACCGGGGGCGAUGCGUCAAGACGGACAAGAAAAAGCAGAAAAAGAACAGAUUUAAGCCGAAUUAGUGAUAGCUGCGUAGCCUUACUCCAUAGUACGUGGUGUUCUUUUUUGUAAAGAGAAACGCUGCGACUUAUUUAUUUGUAAUAUAUAAGGGUAGUAAUAAAGUAAAAGAAAUACUUUAA